AUCACGUGACUGUGGACGUGACUGUGGAUACUGCAUUGUAAUUGCAAGUUGUUUUUCACCCGCUGGGUUACAACCACAUGAUCCUGGGAGCGUUUUGGCAGGAACUACAAGGAAGUGCCCCUCAUUCAGGACUGGGGAAACUGAAUGGUCGCUCAGCAAACGGUGCAAGAACUGAGGCAUAAUGGAAGUGCUUUCAACCUGGAUCCCAGGUAUUGGCUUUACGAUCUUGCCUAAUAUAGCGGGUUUUUUCACAGCCCCAAUAGUCAAGAGGGCAAUGACGUGGUAUAGAUCCUUGAAACUGCCACCCUGGCGUCCACCAAACUGGGUGUUUGGACCUGUGUGGGGAAUUUUAUAUACAUCAAUGGGAUAUGCAUCUUACCUGGUAUGGAGGGACUUGGGAGGUUUCAAUAAAAAGUCCUUUGCUCCACUGGGACUGUAUGUGGGGCAAUUAGCCUUAAACUGGUCAUGGACUCCCAUCUUCUUUGGACAACGCAAAAUAGGACUGGCGCUGGUCGUUCUGUUUCUUACUACAGGAGCAGCAACGGCUACAACGGUGUCUUGGUAUCAUGUGAACAAAGCUGCAGCAUGUUUGAUGUAUCCAUAUUUAGCUUGGUUAUCGUUUGCCUUUCUGCUCAAUUUCCGCAUCUGGAGGGAUAAUCCUGAUAAUCCUGAUAAGAAAAACUAGGGUGCAGUUCUUUAACUAUAGAUUUUCCAGUUAAAGUUCCACCAUCAUUAACUGCAGUUAUAUAAUCACACUAUUCAAUUGUUUGUCUUCGUAGAUCAUGUUAAUAGAGGUUUGGGAAAUGAAAUAAAAAAGGGGAAACUGA